AUGGCACCCACUAUCGCUCUUAUCGCCGGUCUUGCGGCUUUCAGCACUGUCAAUGCAAUGCCUUUCACCAUCCCAUACCUGGACAAGACCGGCCGAGUGGAAGUCCAAGGUCACCGAGGUGGUCUAAGUAUGAGGACUGAGGAGUCACUCUGGGCAUUCGCACACGCCUUGGAAGUCGGUGUUGAUGUGCUCGAGAUGGAUACUGUCUUCACCAAAGACGGCGUUCCAGUGAUUUGGCACGAUCACUGGAUCUACCCAACCAAGUGUACUGGUGACUACGUGGGUGAUUAUAUCGCCAACUUGACGCUCGCACAAGUCAAGACGCUUGAUUGUUCUCUUCAACUCGAAGAACAUCCUCAGCAAGAGCUACAUCCAGGAACCACCAUUGCGACCCUUGAGGAGGUGCUGGAACUGGUAAACUGCUACGGAGACAAGGGCGUUACAAUCAACCUCGAGACAAAACUGUCUCCCACUGCUCCCAACGAGACCCUCCCAAUCGACACAUAUAUCACCGACCUGAUUCCUAUUCUCCAGAAGCACGGCUUUGAGUCUCGCACUUCUAUCCAGUCGUUUGACUGGCGUACCCUCAUCGGUAUUCAUGCUGCAUAUCCUGCUGUACCGAUCGUGGCUCUACUCGACGAAACAACAGUCGUGCCUGAUGAGACCAACCAAACUUACCCCUGGCUCGAAAACAGCAAGUACCCUUGGCUUGGCGGCCUUGAUCUGGAUGACUUCUCUGGCGACUGGGUAGCCGCAGCACACUCGAUCGGUUCCUCUAUCCUGUCUCCCAACCACGGUACCGGCAACUCUAGUGAUGCCACUGUAAACAGUCCUCUAUACGUACCAUUUACUACCAAGGAUGUGGUGAACAGAGCACAUGCUUUGGGCAUGCAGGUCAUUCCUUGGACUGUGGAUGCUGAGGUUACGAUCAGUAAGCUGCUUGAUGAUGGUGUCGAUGCCAUUAUCAGUAAUUACCCUGAGAGAGUCAUGUAUGUGGGUAGACAGAGAGGGUUGAGCGUGGGAAGAGCUAGAAACCAUAGUAGGCCGGAGUGUUUGGUCAACGCAUCUGCAUGA